GUGCGUAUGCGUCGCCCUGGUAACCCAGGAGGCAGAAAGGCGCUGAAUCACCAGCGUCAGUGCAUCCGCAGGGGCAGGGGGGUGUCACCUGCAGGUGUGCCUCGCAGGUGUCCGACUGGACAACAACUGGGUGGUGCGGAGCCUGGAGAUUGGUGGGGAUGGAGCUCUAGAGGUCACAUCUGGCUCAUCAACCACCAAAGGGAGCCUGUUCCAAAUCCACUGCCUUGGAAUCCUCAUCCUGUGAGACAGAAUGGUGUCCCCAACAGGAGCACUGUCCUCAUUGCUGCUGCUGGCCACCAUCACAGGUGGCAGGUGCCAGCAGUGCAGCAAGGGGAGGACUUAUUCCAACGCCAUCAUUUCACCUAACCUGGAAACUAUUAGAAUCAUGCGCGUGUCUCAAACCUUCUCCGUGGGAGACUGCACGGCUGCUUGCUGUGACUUACCCAGCUGCGACCUGGCCUGGUGGUUUGAGGGCAGCUGCUACCUGGUGAACUGCGCGCACCAGGAGAACUGCGAGCCCAGAACGACAGGCCCCAUCCGGUCUUACCUCACUUUCGUGCUCAGACCUGUCCAGAAGCCCGAGCAGCUGCUGGACUACGGAGACAUGAUGCUGGGCAGGGGCUCCCCCUCAGGAGCUUGGGGGGACUCCCUUGAGGACCUCAGGAAGGAUUUGCCCUUUCUAGGCAAAGAUGGGGGACCGGACGAGACUGCCGAGUACUCAGAUGACUACAAGGAACUGGAGCGGGGCCUCUUGCAGCCCUCCAGUCAUCAGGACCCCAGAGGCAGCGCCGAGGACCCGGAUUGGAGCUUGCUGCCCGGCAGCGAGGAAGGUUCCAAUGUCUCGGCUGCAGGAGACAGCUCAGCUACUUCUACAGAGACGCUGCAGGACCCCACACCUGAGCCACUGGACCAGCAGCAGCUUGAGGCCCUGAAUGAGUCCACUUGGUCCCCUAUGCCCCAGUACCCUGCCGAGAGCAGUGUGUGGCUCCCCUCUGGGUCUGCGCUGCCUGCAGGAGAGGGGACAGAGAGAGGGACUUUACAGCUCCAAGAACAACCGAGCAAUAGCUCUGGAAACGAGGUUCUAACAUCUUCCCAUAGUCCUCCCCCCGCCAGCCCAGAGUCCAGCCCAGCCAUGGUGGAGAAAAGCUCCCUUCUUACUGUCACUCCACGGAGCCCAGAACACAGCACCCCAUCAUUUCCCACCAGCACAGUUCUCCCUGGGCUGACCCCACCUGCAUGGCCCGUGUCACCCACUGCUUCUUCAAGGACAGUAAAGGCGUUGGCAGUGUCUGCUGGAGAUAACCUUGUGAUAACCUUACCAGACAGUGAAGCAGAACUAAAGGCCUCUGUUGAGCCAGCGCCCCCUGCAGACUCAACUUACAGUUAUGAAUGGAGUUUAAUGAGCCACCCUGUAGACUUUCAUGGUAAAAUUAAACAAGACAACAAGCCGAUUCUUCACCUUUCUCAAUUGUCUGUAGGACUCUAUUCCUUCAGGGUGACUGUUUCUAGUGAGAAUGCAUUUGGAGAAGGAUAUGUCAAUGUCACUGUUAUGCCAGCUGCAAGAGUCAACCAGCCACCUGUGGCAGUUGUUUCUCCACAGAUACAGGAACUCACCGUGCCUUUGACCUCAGCCCUCAUCGAUGGCAGCCAAAGUACAGAUGACACUAAGGUAGUGAGCUACCACUGGGAAGAAGUCGACGGACCCGUCCUAGGAGAGGUGUUUCCGGCUGAUGCCCCAAUCUUACGCUUGUUAAACCUAGAUCCUGGUAACUACACUUUUAGGUUAACAAUCACAGACUCAGAUGGCGCUACUAACUCCACCACGGCAACCCUCAUUAUCCAUGGUGCUGUGGACUACCCUCCUGUUGCCAAUGCAGGACCAAAUCAGACCAUAACUUUGCCCCAAAACACCAUCACUCUGAAUGGAAACCAGAGCAGCGAUGAUCACCAGAUUGUCCUCUAUGAGUGGUCCCCAGGCCCUGGCGGUGAGAGCAAAGAGGUGGUCAUGCAGGGAGCGCAGACCCCAUACCUCCACUUGUCUGAGAUGCAGGAAGGAGAGUACAUGUUUCAGCUGAUGGUGACGGAUUCCUCAGGACAGCAAUCCACUGCCUUGGUGGCUGUGAUUGUCCGGGCUGAAGACAACCAGGCUCCGGUGGCUGUGGCAGGCCCUGAUAAGGAGCUGUUCUUCCCUGAGCAGAGUGCUACACUGGACGGGAGCAGGAGCAGUGAUGACCAUGGCAUUGUCUGCUACCACUGGGAGCAUAUCAGAGGCCCCAGUGCAGUGGAGAUGGAGAAUGUGGACAAAGCCGUAGCCACCGUCACCGGGCUUCAGGUGGGUACCUACCACUUCCGUUUAACGGUGAGAGACCAGCAGGGACUGAGCAGCACAUCCACCCUCACUGUGGCUGUGAAGAAGGAAGAUAAUAGUCCUCCCAGAGCCCAGGCUGGUGGCAGACAUGUUCUUACACUUCCCAAUAAUUCCAUUACCUUGGAUGGUUCACAGUCUACUGAUGACCGAGGCAUUGUGUCCUAUCUGUGGAUCCGGGAUGGCCAGAGUCCAGCUGCUGGCGAUGUCAUCGGAGGCUCUGACAGCGGGAUGGCUCUGCAGCUCACGAAUCUGGUGGAAGGAGUCUACACUUUUCACUUGCUAGUCACUGACGGUCAGGGGGCCUCGGACUCAGACACAGCCACUGUGGAGGUGCUGCCAGACCCCAAGAAGGAUGGCCUGGUGGAGCUGAUCCUGCAGGUUGGUGUUGAGCAGCUGACAGAACAGCAGAAGGAAACACUGGUGAGGCAGCUGGCUAUGCUCCUGAAUGUGCUAGACUCUGACGUGAAGAUCCUCAAGAUCCAGGCACACACGGAUGUCAGCACCAUGAUUAUAUUUUAUGUACAGAGCGGGCUGCCCUUCAAGGUUCUCAGAGCUGCUGAUGUGGCCCGGAAUCUGCACAGGCGGCUUUCAAAGGAGAAGGCAGCCUUCCUACUUUUCAAGGUCUUGAGGAUAGACACUGCAGGAUGCCUUCUCAAGUGUUCAGGUCAUGGCCAUUGUGACCCCAUCACAAAACGCUGCAUUUGCUCCCAGCUGUGGAUGGAGAACCUCAUACAGCAUUAUAUGUGGGACGGGGAAAGCAACUGUGAGUGGAGUGUAUUCUACGUGGCAGCCUUAGCAUUGACCCUGACAGUGCUAACUGGAGCUGCAUCUUGGCUGUGCAUCUGCUGCUGCAGGAGACGGAAAAGGACUAAGAUAAGGAAGAAAACAAAGUACACCAUCCUAGACAAUAUGGAUGAACAGGAAAGAAUGGAACUGAGGCCCAAAUACGGUAUCAAGCACCGGAGCACGGAGCACAACUCUAGCCUGAUGGUGUCAGAGUCUGAGUUUGAAAGUGACCAGGACACACUCUUCAGCCGAGAGAGGAUGGAGAGAGGGAUCCUGAAGGGUUCCCUGAAUGGCUCUGCCAGAAACGGAGAUUCCUUCAGUUACUGCGCAAAAGACAGAUAAUGGGCUGUGUGUGGAGGGACCUCUUGGGUUUGUGACUCACCAGACAGUGGGAGUUUAAACACAAACCUGACUCCUGCUCGGCACAGCACGUUAUUAACCCUUCGAAGGGGCCUUGUUCUAUGCUCCACAUAUUUAUUAAAAGACCCGGUUCUUGGAAUUCUCAAGACAAAACAAAAUACUGCUUAUUCAACGGACGCUCAUUAGCAGAGAAAGGGAGCACAUAAAACUUCUGCAGAGUGUACUGAAGAGAGUUUUGUGUCUCUGUAAUGCCCAUAGUGAAAUAAAGGCUAACACUUGUUUCUAUUUGUGGGAAAGACAAGGUAAGGAGGGUUGAUUUUUCUGUAGAAGCUGUGACAGGAAGCAUUUAAGAAAAACCUUCCAGAGGUGGCUUCUCAGAGGGCCCGCAGGGUCAGCUUGCCGUUCAUCCAAGAGGCAGGAGCCAUCUGUGUGCAGAGGCUUCCUGUGUUGACCGUGAUGCUGGUGAUGUAGCCAACUGCCGGCGAGGCUAGAAGUUAGGAAGAAUCAGAAUCUAAAGACAGGAGGUAAUAGAGAUGGAAGGGGGCUAAGGACUUGUAGGUUGAACGUGGAAGGUAGCCUUUAAUAGUCUUCUCUUUCCAUCUUCCUCAUUUCUUCUCAUUCUCCCUCUCUCUUAAGAAAAGGAAACCAUGGUGGGGCUUCUUUCAGUCCUGGUGGACAUUAAAACUGACUGCUUAUUCCCUUGAAAUCUUAUUAUGUUGUACCUUAGCACUGCCAUAGGGUAGGGGAAAGACUCAGUAACUGCCGGCAUAUUAGAGAACUCCGAAAUACAUUCUCAAUGAAGGGAGUGUACUCAUCAUGCUCUGAGCUCCUAUAAAGACUUUCCAUGGAAAUAAUGGGACAGAAAGUUCACUAUUUAUACUUAAAAGUAUAUGGAAGGCACUGGAGAAAUGGCUAUAUUUACAACCACUCACUGCUCUUGCAGAAGAUGGUGGUUCAGUCCCUAGCACUCACAUGGUGGCUUACAACUGUCCAUAACACCAGUUUGGGGGGGGGGGCAGAGUCCUCUUCUGGUCUCUAGCAGCAGCAGGAAUGUACAGAGUUCAUAUAUGUAGGCAAAAUAAUGUAAAAUAAACAUAUUUAAAAUA